AUAUAUAUAUUUAUAUUUAUUUCAUAUACUGGAAACCCACUGCACAUUUAUUCCUUAGUGCAAGACUUCACAGGUUACAACAGGGUGAUUUUGCCGCCACCUAGUGGCCGGUAGCUAUAAUUACUGGAACGCUGAUCGCAACAGAACACUUUCCCCCAAGAAGUGUGGACCAUCCUGCAAAAUCCCCCUUACUGCGAACAUGUAAAAGGGGGCAGUUAAGACAGAAUCUCACAUAUAAUCCCACUAUAAACAUUACAGACAUAAAGUAUAUACUAAGAUAAAACUAUAUAUAAUAAAGUACAAUCUGGGCAUCUUGACCACAUAGAGAAAUUAUAUUUUUUUAAGUCAUAUAAACUGCUUUAUAAUAAAUCCAGUGCUCUCACUAUAUCCUCAUUUCUAGUGUAAAAGAUUCUUUCUAAGGCUCACAAAAUAGUCCCCAAAGAACACCUUUUUUCCCCCUGAAUAAAACACAUGGGAUAGAAACAUAAUGCUGUGAUCGGAAAUUAAUAAAGAACGGGCAUUUGUUAAAUUCUAUUAGUCACGUGUUCGUUGUUACUAUGGAAACGAUAACGCGACAGUCAGAGCCGCAAGUAUAGAAGAGAGUAAUAAAUACUUUCUGACCAAUCAGAUGGUAUAAUACAAAUAAAUAAAUAAAUGAGUAAAUGAGAUCGAAAUAAAAUCGCUGUUAUAUAAUCCACGCCUGAUGAGCCCGUUGCGCAUGCGCAGUACUCUAAUUACUAAUAUAUGGCAGGUGAGUUCACCCGGCCCGGCUUUCACGAGAGAUUAAACUGUCAUCACCUCGUCUUACUUUCUAUUACAGUCAAUAUCAUCCAGAUAAGAUCAUUAGAAAUGAAUCGACGCGGAUUGUUGUGUAAACUCUGCGCCCUGAUAAUGAUCCACAUUGAGGCUGUGGUGAAAUGCCAAACGAGAAACGAACACGAUGCCCCCAUGUCUGCAGGAUCACCGCAGCAAAAUGCCUUCUACGCCUUGCGAAGCUGCCACCAGGUCCUUCACGGCGACAGAGGCGAAUUCUUCUCCCCCGACUACCUUUGCUCGAACCCUGCGCUCUGGUGCAACUGGACCAUCCAGGUGCAGCCUGGGAAACGUGUUCAGAUCUACCUCGAGGACCUGACACCGGAGCACGUGUGCCACCUGAAGACCGAUCAGAUCCACCUGGACGAGUCCCCAGUGUCGGUCGGUGAGAACCGCAUCCUGGAGCGCUGCUGGAGGAGCAGCAUUUACACGUCCAUCUCAAACACGGUGCAUGUGGUGCAGCUCAUCCGCUCAAACCCGUACCUGCCACACCGCGGGUUUUACGGGUUGUAUCAGGCCUUUGGGCUGCCAGGAACUCCAGAUCUGAAUGAGGUCAUGACAGAGGAAGAACGAGUCAAAGUGAGAAAAACCGAAGUUAAAGACCCAGUGACGAAGACCACUAAACAGAAAAGCAUCUCAAAUGAUCUAGAGGAAAAUGUUGACGAUGAGGAUAUGGGAGUCCGCCACAGCAUCAACCCUCAGCUGAAUGAGGUUCUUACGGUCACUACAGGAUCUUUCAGAGAGAGCCGGAGGAUCAGAGGCGGAGCCAAGGACCAGAAAGUACCUUUUCAGGAUGCUUUGCCUCUGGAUGACGUUGAGGAGAUACUUUCAGCCCCAACAGGAAAACCAAACUGGGUAACGGUUGAGGAGUACUCCCCGAUGAUGUUUGAUGAUGAACCACAUGACACCCUGGCUCCCACUUACCCCACACAGUCCAUCUCCACGUCCAGUGGUACCACAGUGACACAGUCCACCAAAAAGAGAGCGCCAAAAAGAAAACCGGUUCUCACACAGUUGUCGUCUACAACUGCUAACGUGAGUAAAAAUGAGGUUACACACUUCAGCCAAGUGGACACUCGGCCAUCUGAACCCAUGAUGGCAGAGCCGCCAACUCCGCUGGUUGAAGAUGUUGGUCCAGUCUCCAUGGAUACUGACGGUGCUUCUGAAGAGCUUGCAGAGAACAGGCCAAAUUCCAAAAAGAUUAAACAGUCUCACAGAAUAAAAGGGAAAUCUCUUCCGGUCCAAAACUUCAGACUUGCAACUGAACCUCCACCUUUUCCAGGGGACUGCAGCAGGACUUCAGUCCCCACGCUCCUGUACGCCGUUUGUUUCCUGCUCUGCUUCCUUAUCGCUCUUCUGAUGGUGGUGCUGGUCGUGAUGUAUCGCCGUUCCCACCAUGGGACUUUCCUACCUCACUGCCACUGCAGCAGCAGCUUCACGGACAACGACAUCAACAACAAUCCUAACUCGGGAAGCACUGAGGAUGGAAGUACCUCCAGAUCCCUCCCUCCUCCGCCACCACCACCCCUCCGCCUGGCUGGCGGAGCCCACGACCUUCCCCUGCUCCGGUUCGGCCCUCUGACCCCGUCUGAUAGAUGUGAGGGCAAACCGCAGAAGGAGGACGACACGCUGUGAACUCGGGUUGAACUGCGCUGAAAUGAUUUGGAAGCAUCACGAUGUUUAUUUUUAUUUUUUAAAAUCUAUUUCCUUUUAUUUAGUUUUUUUUUUUUAAGUUCUGCUUUUCCAUUUCAUCGUGUGUUACAAAAGAAAAUAUAUUAUAUGGAGUGAGUUUUUCAUUUUUUGCUUGAUUCAGGAUUUAUAUUAUGAGUUAAUCGUUUGUUUGUAAGUAUUUUUGCAAUUACUAUUCCUAAUUUUAUUGAUUUAUGUUAGGUUGUUUCUUAAUUUUAUGUAUGUAUGAUGUACAUAUGUAUAUGAGUGUGCUUACAAAAAGCACUGGAACUGCUCCCGUUGUCCUGUGUGUACUUGUGCAG